AUGAGCAGAUUUAGACGGCACUUAGAAGGCGCCACUGGGUUCUACAAGAGCGAGAUGGGCGGUUCGUCCGAGCCCGAGUCGCAUGGGACAUCCGACUGCCCGCGCGGGGGAGGGGGGUCCAGCAGCAAGUGCACCCGCGCCGCCGAGGUGCACAACCUCUCCGAGAGGGUGGUGGCCCGGUUCCCCGUCGUCAACCAUUUUCCCCUGAGUUUCACACCGCUUUUCUGCUCUUCUCGCCCUAUUUUCUUGGCUGAUCAUUGCUUGCUUGCUUGCUUGAUUGGGGUGAAGCGGCGGAGGAGCAGGAUUAACGAGAAGAUGAAGGCAUUGCAGAUCCUGAUACCCAAUUCCAACAAGACUGACAAGGCAUCCAUGCUUGACGAGGCCAUACUCAUUGAGUAUCUGAAGCAACUGCGGCUCCAAGAUAAUGAGAUGUUGAAGAGGCAGAGUGAAUCCAUGACACUGCAGUGCAGUUGCACCGUUCCGUUGAAUAUUACUCAGGAAUAA